AUGGGCCUUUUGCGUGCAGCCCGUGCCGCCGCCGGCGCUGUUGGCGCCGCCCAAAGUGCGCGAUCGUCAUCGCUGGCGCUGCCUCGAAGCCUCACCCAGGCCGGCAGCCAGUCCUUUCCAUUCGUCCCGGUGGAUUGGGUCUUUCGCUUCUUCCCGUACUUCUCGCGUGACAAAGUGCGCUUCAUGCUGCGCUACGUCCAGAUCUCCUUCUUCUCGGGUCUGGGGUACUUCUACCUCUGGUGCCACACGCCUUACAAGUGUGACAAUUACGACCACUUCGAGGAGAGCCCCCUCUUCCUCUUCGUCAAGAGCCGUUUGGAGAAAAGCGGCCAGCUGGAAGAGAACCUGCGCGUGAAAGUCCAUCACUUCUACCCCGUGCAGGAGUAG